AUGUCAGCUAUGAAUAUGGCAUGUUUAACAGUUUGUGGACCUGAAUAUUUAGCAAUGGUUGCAGGUGAAACUGGUCAAGAAACUCGUAAAGUUUUAUCAAAAUCUUUCAAGACUGUUUUUUAUAGAUUAGCUGUUUUUUACGUAUUAGGUUCAUUAUCAGUUGGUGUUGUUAUUGCUUCAAAUGAUAAAACUUUAGUCAGGUUAGCUGCUGAAGGUGGUGGAUCAAAUGGUGCUUUUUUACCAUAUGUUAUUGCAAUGAAUAAUAUGAAGAUUAAAAUCCUACCACAUAUUGUUAAUGCUUUGUGUGUUACUUCAGCAUUUUCUGCUGGGAAUUCAUAUACUUUUUGUUCUACAAGAUCAUUAUUAGCAUUAUCAAAAAAUGGAUUUGCACCAAAAUUUUUACAAUAUUGUACCAAGAAUGGUGUUCCUAUAUAUUGUGUUGGUGUUACAUUUUGCUUUGCGUUAUUAUCUUUAUUACAAUUAGGUGCAUCAACUGGUAAAGUUCUUAGUUGGAUAAUAAAUAUUGUUGCAAGUGCACAAGUCUUGAAUUAUUGUAUGAUGUCUAUAACAUAUUUGGGUUUUUGGAGAGCUUGUAAAGCACAAGGAAUUGAUAGAUCAAAAUUCAAAUAUAGAUCUUGGUUUCAACCUUAUACGGCAAUAUUUGGAAUGAUAUUAACAGCAUGUAUGGUUGGUGCUAUGGGAUAUAUUUCAUUAAUGCCUGGAAGAUGGGAUAUAAGUACUUUUUUAACAAGUUAUUUGAUGGUUUUAUUAGAUAUUGUUGUUUAUAGUGGUUAUAAAUUGAUCAAGAGAACCAAGAUGAUUAAACCAGAAGAAGCUGAUCUAUUUACUGGACUAGAUGAAGUUGAACAACAUGAAUUAGAAUAUUUAGAGCAUCGUGAGAAAUUAGGAUUGGAUUUGAAUCCAAGUCUUUGGCAAAAAAUAUCUAAUUGGCUUUUCUGA